GGCCUGCUGGGAAAAUUUCUUGGCAAGCAGAGUUGUGUGUGUGCAGGGAGAUACCGCUGAAAUAAAGAACAGGAAGAGAAGAUAGAGCAGCGCCUUCUUUGACACACUUUUUGGAUCUCCAGCUGUCCAGUUCCUCUUCUGUCCCUAACCGAAGGUCCCUCUCAUGGGCAAAGUGAAGGGCCAGUCUGGGCCCUUGGCUCGGAGGCCAGACAACUCAGCAUUCAAACAGCAGAGGCUACCAGCCUGGUCUCCCAUGCUAACAGCUAACACUGUGCUACCUUUUUUCUACUUUAUGGCUUUGAUAUGUAUGCUGCUGGGAGUAUGGCUGCUUCUUACAGUGCAGCGCACACAGGAAAUAAAGCUGGACUAUACAGAGGCUGGGACAUGUAAUAAAUGUUUUGAAAAGCGUAAAAAUGUGACCAACGCAGCACAAACCUGCAGCUGCACUGUGGUGUUUCCCAUUGAGAAAGCAUUCAAGGGAGAUGUCUUUUUCUACUAUGGCCUCCAAAACUUCCAUCAGAACCUCCGCAGAUAUAUGAACUCCAGAGAUGAUGGACAGAUGGUUGGCAGGAAGAAAAACUUAAAGAACCCCAGUUCAUACUGUGAGCCUUUUGCAAGAGACCAAAACGGACUGCCCAUUGCCCCCUGUGGUGCUGUGGCCAACAGCAUCUUCAAUGACUCCUUCGCUCUGACCUAUCAUGGCUCAAGUGGUCCUCCAGUUCCAGUCCCUCUGUUAAGGAAUGGUAUCACCUGGUAUACGGACAAAAAUAUCAAGUACCGCAACCCAAAGAUUGACAACUUGACACUGGCUCAAGUGUUUGAAGGCACAGCACAGCCUCUGUACUGGCAGAAGCCUGUGUAUGAGCUUGAUCUCCUCAACCCGACCAACAACGGCUUCAUCAAUGAUGACCUGAUUGUAUGGAUGAGAGAGGCAGCCUUCCCCAACUUCAAGAAGCUCUAUGGGGUUUUAUACCGAGCCAACAAGCCCUUUACUAUGGGUCUGCCAGCAGGGAAUUACAGCAUUGAGAUAUCCUACAACUUCCCUGUGCAGUACUUCCAAGGCAGAAAGGAAGUGGUGCUGACCACGCUGACUUGGUUUGGAGGUCAGAACCAUUUCCUGCCCAUUGCUUACCUAGUAACCAGCAGCCUGAUCCUACUGAUAGCGGUUGCCCUCACGGUGGCCUGGUGGAAGUUCGGGAAGAACAUGGAGGAAUGAAGGGUAAGACAUGCUCUGGGAUGGUGAAAAACUCACAAGCAGCUGAAAAUGGAUACUUGUCGUGCUGCUUAGGAGCUGUUUUAAAGAGACAACAAAUCUGAAAUGACGAGAACAUUGAAGCGAGCAAAUGAAGGUUAAGGAGAAUGGUUUCAAAAAGAAUGUUCAUUUGAUACAAUACCACAGCAGCGUGUUGGAAAACCAAUGAAGAAUUAAGUUUGACAUCUGGAAAUUUACUUUCCCUAUCAACUAAAUGAUCCACGUGUUAUGGCUUUUAUUGUGAUGAUGUUGCUCUGAACAACCCACUGAAAGCUGGGUGUUAGCACAGGCUUUAAGCUUUCUUUGUGUGUUGAUUUUACUUGAAGUUUUGCAUUUUUUAAAACACACCAUUUUUGUACUGUUAAUAUUCAUGAACAUAAUUAUAAUAGAUUUAUUAUAAUUAUUACUUUGACAAUUACUAAAAUCCAGUCACUAUGGUGUUAAGGCUGUAUUUCAUGUCUCAGUAAAUGCAAAGUGGAAAAACUACUCUUUGAUAAAGUAUAACAUAGAAUACAGAACACCAACUGUGAGACAAUCCCUGUAAAGAUAAUUCGUCAGCCUGAAUAAAGUUGUAAUUUUGUGGACAAGGUUUUUAAUUACAGCACAAUUAAGGUUAGCCAGUGCAGCCAGUUUUGUUUCAGUCUCAGUGUUCUGUAACACUUUAUUUGGAUAAUCCACCUACAGAUAGGUUAUAGAGUAUUUGUAACAUUUCAACUCUUCAAGUAUAUUUGACAAUUCAUGAACAUACCCUAAUCAAGAUGUUUUUUUUGCCUAAACCUAACCAAACCUUUAUUUGUGAAACAGCUGAAUUGUUGAAUCUCAACUUUUUAGCUGUUGAAAUGUUACAAAUACUCUAAACUAGUUGACUAGACUAUCCAAGUGAAGUGUAACUUGUUCUUAUAUGGAACCAUAGAUGCUAAAAAUUAUGCUAUUUUACAUUAUAACAAGACUAGAAGUGUACAGCCAUACUUGCAGCUCUGUGAGGCUGUGCUUAGGCACAGCAGUGCAUUCAACUAAAUGCUAAGAUAUUGAUGAUUAGCAUGUAUAAUGUUUACCAUGUUCACCAUCUUAGGAACAUGAAUGUGAGUCAACCAACAGACAAACAUUGCCAUGCCACUAGCAUGGCUGAAAAUCAAACACCAUCUUAAUUAUCUAACUAUAACAAGAAGUGUAAUGGUGAAGUCUGUAAGUGUCAGUUAGCUACACGUAUGUAUAGAAACAAACUAAUUUGCACUGUCUGUUAUGGCCUAUAAUAUUUUGUUAUUUUGGUGACAGAUGAAGAUUGUAAUAAAACAUUCUUUUAAAAACUC